AUGUCACCAGAUGAUCUAGAUAUUCACUAUCCAUACAAAGCGCGUUUUCUUGAUUUACAUCGUGAAUUUCGUGAUAGUAUGCAUUAUUUUAUUGAUGGAGAUUCAUUAAUUCUAUCUGUUGCUCAUCAUAUUAGUAUUGAUCUUAAAACAUAUUAUGGAAAUACUUUACAUACUAUUUUUAUUAUUGAGCGUAUGCUUCUCACGCUAUUCAAUCAAGCACAACAAUGUAAUUAUACAUUAGUGUUUUUCGAUUGUCACUAUUAUUUAUAUGAAAAAGAAAAAUCCAUAUUGAGUCUUAUACGUGCUUGUUUUAUAGCUCAUCUUUCAAAAAAUAUCAAUCAAUAUGGUUCAUCAAAGGUUCGACAAUUUUCAUCAUGGCUUGAUCAGGAAUAUAUAGAUUAUGCUCAUGAAGAAAACCACAUUUUAUCUUUUAUCAUGACAUGUCAAGUUUUGAUAUUUGUAAUGAUAACCUAUUAUCUAAAACAACAUUAA